UCUGAAACAAAAAAUAACUUAUUUUUUUUAGUUGCUGUUGAAAAGGUAAAAAUGCUUUGUUUUGUCUACAAAGCUAAGAUAGUUUUUGUUUAUGAACACAAAAAAAUAUUUAGUUACUAUUAAAAACCAAAAAGAUUGUUUUUUUUUAAUCUUCUUUUCUUGUUUUCAUCAUUACUGUCUAAAGCAAUCAAGAAACCCCACUAGUUCAUAAAUUUGAAAAACAUUUUACUUCUCUUGAUAAGAACAAAAUAAAUGGAAUUUAAUUUAAAAAUAUCCAAAUCCAAAUGAUUUUAUGAUCUGGGGUUGUUUUCAUGGUACUGUAACUUUUUUUUUUUUUUUUUUUUUGUGACUGCAAAAAUGGAGAAUUCUGUAGUUGUUUCUGUUCAAGAAAUGCAUCAAAUACCAACUGAAUUUGAUUCUUCUGCUAAUACCAAUUCAAAUGGAGAGAUAGAACAAGCGACUUUAGCGCAACAGCAGUCAACAAGACGGCCAAACCUCGCCUCUUUGCAAAUACCUUCAAGAUCUUUGGAAAAUGCAUUAUCCAGUUUUACAAGAAUAGAUGUUCCAAGUCCUAACUCUGCCAGAUCAGGGUUGCCCCCAAGGCCCCACUCUGCGAAGUUCAUAUCAUCUAUGAAGAAUCUGAUUCCACAGAAAAGCACUAGGGCCAAAAACGUAACUCUAGAUGGUGAAAAGACAGUUCUCAUUAUCCCAGAUACACCACUUUCAGAUAAGCCUUCAACUUCAAGGUCAUUUUCUCUCAAUAAAGUUUUGUUCUCUUCGACGACAAAAUCAAUCCGCUCUUUACCAGAGACACCAAUGGGAACUGUGGUAAAGCCUGCAGAGGACAAUUGUGUGGAUGCUCACUUAGAGUUAAUUAAACCUGAAGCCCAACAGCACAUGAAGCGUUCGUUUUCAGUGCCUAUACAUGUUAAAAGCAGAAGCUUAAGGAGGGAAGAUUCUAGUGGCCAUCUCAUCCGUGUAAUUUCCAAAGUUGUUCGCCCAACCACGGAUUCUGAUGCCUCAGCAGACAUAACACAAGAAACAGAAAACGCUAUAGAUAAUACUGGUGAAGAUAUUCCCGAGGAAGAGGCUGUUUGCAGAAUUUGUUUUGUUGAACUUGGUGAAGAAAGUGAAACAUUUAAAAUGGAAUGCAGCUGCAAAGGAGACCUUGCACUCGCUCACAAAGACUGCACCUUGAAGUGGUUUAGUAUUAAGGGUAACAAGAUCUGUGAUGUUUGCAAGCAGGAAGUACGAAACCUUCCGGUAACAUUAUUGAAAAUUCAAAAUCCUCCAACUGCUGCCAGAAGGUCCCAAACUGUUACACAGCAGAGAGAAGUGCCUCGUUACAGAGUCUGGCAAGACGUACCUAUCCUUGUCAUGGUCAGCAUGCUUGCAUAUUUUUGCUUUCUGGAGCAGCUUCUGGUGUCUGACUUAGGCGCUCGAGCUCUUGCCAUCUCUUUACCUUUCUCUGUUGUUUUAGGCCUCCUUUCUUCUAUGAUAGCUUCUACGAUGGUCAGCAAGAGUUACAUAUGGGCUUAUGCUUCAUUUCAGUUUGCAAUUGUUAUCCUAUUCGCCCAUAUAUUCUAUGCAGUGCUUAAUGUUAAUGCACUCCUAUCAGUGCUGCUUUCCUCCUUCACCGGGUUCGGUAUUGCAAUUAGUACGAAUUCGCUCCUCGUAGAGUAUUUGAGAUGGAGAGCAAGCAGACGCCUUCGAUCAUCACGUGCACAGACAACCAGUGCCACGCAGCCACACGUUCUGCCUGAUGAUAGAUAUUAUGGCUACCCCACAAGACAACAACAUCACCACGACCACCGCCCUCAUAAUAAUCAGCAGCAACAACACCAACCAUUGCAUCCUGUAGUUGGACAAUCAGAAAAUUCUGGGCUGCCAGAGAUCAGGCUUCAGAGUGCUUAACUCAGAGUUCUAAUAUUUUCCAGAGCAUUGGGUAAAUAGUUCGAAGUCAAAUCCGUAUUUGAUGCUGGUUGUAUUUUUGUGUUAUGAGGAAUUCCUCAUCUUGUGCUACUUUUAUUAGUACCAUGAAAAUUCACUUGGUACUUAGCAGCACAAGAAAUAGGCCACAUAGAAUAUGUGCCAUUAAGGUGAGCAUAGGUAAGUUGUAGAGCAUUUUAUCAUCAAAAGUAUUUGAAAGCAUGGAACUUUGAAUACGUUUGCUACUUUAUGAAAUAUAAAAGGGUGAAUGCUUUUGAUUGAA